AAAGUUUCCAUAUAUGCAUUAUAUAGUGGAACAAUACAUGCUAAUGGAAUUUAAAACAGUGCUGAUAAAGCAAAAUAGAUGCAACUGAUAGCAAUUGAGAAUGCGGAAUAAGCCCCAUUUUUGAUCAAGCUUAGUAACUGAACAACAAGAGAUUACAAGCCUGCGUCACAAUCGCGGCACGGAUAAAUAGCAGCUUAUAACACAAAUAAAUGAAUAUCUGGCUAUUUAAGCUUUUCAGAGUUUUCCUUGAGCUUCCCUGGAAAAUGUGUCUCCUACGUUUUCUGGCCCAAGCUCGCGGCACCUUGGGACGGCAUCUGGCGGAGGCGUCACCUGCUGCCUGGGCAGCUGCCGCCGCCGAUCCCGGCCGGAAACUGCACCUGGUGAUGGGGAACGAGUCGUGCGACCUGGACUCCGCCGUGUCGGCCCUCACCUUGGCCUUUGUCUACGCGCAGCGCCACCGGGAGCACGAUUAUGUGCCGAUUCUGAACAUUCCUCGCCGGGAUUAUCCCCUGAAAACGGAGGUUGGCCACUUGUUUGUCAAGUGUGGCAUUGCCGAGCCCGUGUUGCUCUUCCGUGAUGAUCUUCCCGGUGAUGUGGCGCAGGAUGUGAACGUUAUCCUUGUGGAUCACCACGUCAGCCCACUGGCACCGCAAGUGACGGAGGUUUUGGAUCACAGGCCCCUGGAGGAGAGUAGUCCAUCCUUCAAGCAGCUGCCAACGGGUUGUGAGCUGGACAUCGAUGCCACGGUGGGCUCCUGUGCCACUCUGGUGGCCCAGCGUUAUCUGGCCGAGGAGCAGCCCCGAUCCAAGUGCGUUGCCAAGCUACUACACGCCACCAUCGUGCUGGACACCAUCAAUUUUGCCCCGGCGGCCAAGCGCUUUGGGCCAAAGGAUUUGGCCAUGGUGGAGCAGCUGGAAAGGGAGUUGAACAGCCAGGUGGAUCAGAGAACCAGCCUGUUCGAUGAGCUGGUGGCUGCAAGGGCCGACAUUAGUAAACUCACUCUCACCGAAGUUCUGCGCAAGGAUAUGAAGAUCCUGCAAACCGAUCGCCAGGUGGUUCCGCUGGCUGGAAUGCCCAUCCUCGUAAGGGAUUUCGUGGAGAAGAGCGGCGCCGAGAAAGCCAUACGCGAGUUCGGCGUCGAGAGUAACCUGCUGGUUAUGCUGGGCAUGUAUGUCUCACCCGUCGACGGUCAGGUGCAGCGCGACCUGGCCUUGAUCUCCCUUUCGGGCCAGAGCCAAGUGGUGGAGCGCGUACGGCAGGCACUGGUCGAGUCCAACGAUCCCAAGCUGGAGCUGCGACCGCACGAGGUGGACACCCGCUUCAUGGGCGGCUGCUUUCUGCGCCAACACAAUGUUCAGGCCACCAGAAAGCACAUCCUUCCCAUCGUGAAGCGAGCGCUGCUCGAAUGGGAGGCGGAUCAUGGCUGCGAUUGCGACGAGAUUUACUUCUUCAAGGAGAAACCCCAGCUGGGACUCUCUUAGGACAAUGCCACAACGAACGAGCAGCUUAGACAAGACUUAGCUAGAAUUUUAGUGAAUCCCCUAUGUUACCAAUGCGCUAUGCUUACACCAAAAAGGAAUAGAAUUUUAUAAUUUAAAAUAUUGUCAAAUUUCUUGAGAACUGUGCGGCAGCUAAAAUUUUUAAAUGUCCCUUAAAGAACCAAAAGAAAUAUUGAAAGCAAUCAGUAUUCCGAUUAUAAUUUACAUUGCCACCUUGGUAACAUAUAGGUGCUAUUAAAUUGCAGUGUUAGUGGAUCAAGAGAGUAUUCCACGCAUUAAGUUUCCUUUAGUUUCCUAGUUGUUUAUGUGGAUUAAGCGAAUAUGUACAGGGCAUACAUGGGUAAAAGAAAAUGUUGUAUAAAUAAAAAAAAAACCUAUAA